AUGCUUUCAGGGAAGUCGGGAACCAAUAUACACAGCCAUCCCAAGGUGGCUCAGGGCUCAACCAAAGACAUACCUGGCCCAGAAGGCCAUCCCAAGGUGGCUCAGGGCUCAACCAAAGACAUACCUGGCCCAGAAGGCCAUCCCAAGGCGGCUCAGGGCUCAACCAAAGACACACCUAGCCCAGAAGGCCAUCCCAAGGCGGCUCAGGGCUCAACCAAAGACACACCUAGCCCAGAAGGCAAGCCCAAGGCGGCUCAGGGCUCAACCAAAGACACACCUAGCCCAGAAGGCCAUCCCAAGGUGGCUCAGGGCUCAACCAAAGACACACCUGGCCCAGAAGGCCAUCCCAAGGUGGCUCAGGGCUCAACCAAAGACACACCUAGCCCAGAAGGCCAUCCCAAGGCGGCUCAGGGCUCAACCAAAGACACACCUAGCCCAGAAGGCCAUCCCAAGGUGGCUCAGGGCUCAACCAAAGACACACCUAGCCCAGAAGGCCAGCCCAAGGCGGCUCAGGGCUCAACCAAAGACAUACCUGGCCCAGAAGGCCAUCCCAAGGUGGCUCAGGGCUCAACCAAAGACAUACCUGGCCCAGAAGGCCAUCCCAAGGCGGCUCAGGGCUCAACCAAAGACAUACCUGGCCCAGAAGGCCAUCCCAAGGUGGCUCAGGGCUCAACCAAAGACAUACCUGGCCCAGAAGGCCAUCCUAAGGCGGCUCAGGGCUCAACCAAAGACACACCUAGCCCAGAAGGCAAGCCCAAGGCGGCUCAGGGCUCAACCAAAGACACACCUAGCCCAGAAGGCCAUCCAAAGGCGGCUCAGGGCUCAACCAAAGACACACCUAGCCCAGAAGGCCAUCCCAAGGUGGCUCAGGGCUCAACCAAAGACACACCUAGCCCAGAAGGCAAGCCCAAGGCGGCUCAGGGCUCAACCAAAGACACACCUAGCCCAGAAGGCCAUCCCAAGGUGGCUCAGGGCUCAACCAAAGACACACCUAGCCCAGAAGGCCAGCCCAAGGCGGCUCAGGGCUCAACCAAAGACACACCUAGCCCAGAAGGCCAUCCCAAGGCGGCUCAGGGCUCAACCAAAGACACACCUAGCCCAGAAGGCCAGCCCAAGGCGGCUCAGGGCUCAACCAAAGACACACCUAGCCCAGAAGGCCAGCCCAAGGCGGCUCAGGGCUCAACCAAAGACAUACCUAGCCCAGAAGGCCAGCCCAAGGUGGCUCAGGGCUCAACUGCCUUAUUUUAG